GACUGCCGGCGCGGCGUGACCGUCUCGCGCCCAGUAGCGCGCAUGCGCAGUAGUGGAGCGACCUGGUGCCGGCUGUUGAAACGGACAGACGCGAUUCACUGAAGGUUCACACAAUGAUGGGCAUCCGGAUUCCUGCUUGCCUACUUCUCCUGGUGCAGCUGGCGAGCUGCGACGACCUGAGCAGCUCGGCACACCUGCCGGCGGAGCACCGCGGCGGCGGCGGCAGCGGCGGCCCGCUACUGGGCGGUCUCUCUUACGGCGUGCCGCCAUUCGGGCCGCCCCACCCCGACGGCUACGGCCCGCCGCCGUCCGUCAUCGGCGCCGACCCGUGGCUCCUGCCGGCGCCCGACAUGCCGCAGAUCCGCAACAUCGAGGUGCAGUGCGAGAAGUCCAACAUGCGGGUCAGCGUCGACUUCGACCGGCCGUUCUACGGCAUGAUCUUCAGCAAGGGCCACUACUCGGACCCCAGCUGCGUGCACAUGCAGCCCGGCUCGGGCGCGCUCAACGCCCAGUUCGAGAUCUACCUCAACUCGUGCGGUAUGGCUGCCUCUGAUUCAGGCGGCUACGGCCAGCCUAACCCGGCCGGUAGCUUCGUGGAGAACACCAUCAUCAUCCAGUACGACCCGCUGGUGCAGGAGGUGUGGGACCAGGCGCGCAAGCUGCGCUGCACCUGGUACGACUACUACGAGAAGAAGGUUACGUUUAAGCCAUUCCAGGUGGACAUGCUGAACGCCGUCACGGCCAACUUCCUCGGGGACAACCUGCAGUGCUGGAUGCAGAUCCAGGUCGGCAAGGGCCCGUGGGCAUCGGAGGUGUCCGGCAUCGUCAAGAUCGGCCAGACCAUGACCAUGGUGCUGGCCAUUAAGGACGACGAGAACAAGUUUGACAUGCUAGUCCGCAACUGCGUGGCACACGACGGCCACCGCGCCCCCAUCCAGCUGGUGGACGCCAACGGCUGCGUGACCCGACCCAAGGUCAUGUCCAAGUUCCAAAAAAUCAAGAACUUCGGCUCGUCGGCGUCGGUGGUCUCCUACGCGUACUUCCAGGCGUUCAAGUUUCCUGACUCGAUGAACGUGCACUUCCAGUGCGUGAUCCAGGUGUGCCGCUACCAGUGCCCGGAACCGGCGUGCGGCGCGCUGGGUUACGAGGUCGGGCCCCGCCACCCCGCCGGCGACUACCAGGCGGCCGGCAGCGACAAGGAAGCGUCCGUGGCCGAGCCCCGGCCGGCCGAGACCGACACCAACGAGGGCGCAGAGGCGGCGCGCGCGGCGGAGAGCCACAGCCACCGCCGCCGUCGCCGCGACGCCCCGCAGUCUACCGAUGUCCGUACGGAGCGCGUCAUCCAGGUGGUUGCGCCCGGCGACGUGGCGUUCAGCCUCAACGCUAACAACGAGACAGUGGUGGUGUCUGAGUCGCCGGAGGCGCUGGAGCGGCGCCACAGCAUCUGCAUGUCGGUGCCCGGCUUCGUGGCCGGCCUCAUCAUGCUGUUGCUGGUGCUCAUCGUCGCUUGCAUCGUGUCUAUCUUCCUCUUCUCGCGCGUGCGCACCGUCGGCGGCAAGGCGGCCUCCUUCGCGGACGGCGUCGAAAACCCGGAGUUCGUGAAGGGCUCCGAGUGACGCCGCCUCGCUGCGACUGGCGCGCCCGAGACAUUGCGAGCCAGUGCCAUAGACUGAGUCGGCCGACAACGUAGUGGUCGGUCCGGGGUCCGCGCGGCCCGCAGUCCACCCGCCAGCGACACGCGCCCGUGUGGACCGCCACAAGGAGAAGAGAGGGGCUGCUCGUCGUCUUUCUAAGUCAUGCUCGAAUGUAAUAAUCUUAGAAGACGCCCAGGUAUUCCUGGAGAGAUGUGAGCCUAGUGCGGCGCAGUGGCUGGCUCAGCUUCGGCCUUGAUGACCAAAGGUGUCAUGGGGUAUGCCGAUUUCAGUAUUUAUUCAUCAUGGCUGGUGGUCAGCAUCCAACGAGUCAUCAUCGUCCACGUUGGUAAUAGCAGCAUUUCGGAAACUUGUACCACCUGACCGAAGCGUGCGGUUCGCCGGCCUCUGAGGCGGUAUUUAGUAGCGCGCGCCUCGCUCGAUCCCAUCAAAACAGGUCAGCGUGUCCGUAAUGCUGCACGAACCGAACAUUCAAUCGGUUCUUGCGCCGCCCGAGAGCCGGUGAUCCCUACCCGUGACCAGUGGACCGCAUCGGUGACCCACUGACUGGCGCCGCAGCCCGGCCGGCACUGUUAAACGGCGCCGACGCUGUAACGACGCUCGCAUGGAUGCUGCGCGGGGAUCGUAACUGCGACGAGCUUGCUACUACACCUAAAUCGUAGCCGAGCGCAUGUCGUUAGUACGCGGAGGUCGUAACGUUACCGCGUGUAGUUAUCACAGUCAGCGCGUGCUUUUACCGCGCUGGCCGUGCAGGAACAGUGUCCCUGACUGCGUCGUGUUGGCGUUCUGGCCUCGUCGCCAGGUGUCGGGAAGGGGGGGGGGGGGGAGGUAUGCGGGCAGGUCACACGGUAUAUAUGUGGAAGAGCGGAACCGUUCUGCUGAUGUACUGGUUGACCCGCACGGUCGCGCAGGUCAAGCAGAAUGGCUCCGCCGCCGCCGCCUGUGCAUAUCUGAGCUCACCUGACGUGCCGUAAGCGUGAUGAGCUGUCGGUAUUGGAAUACAAAUCACACACGAAGUGACA